UGCCAGUCGUCCGUGUCCCGGGCGGGCUUGCCAUGGGUGCCUUAGAGGUGGUGUGGGCGGUGUGGUGUGGGUGCAGAGGGAGGAGUGACCUAACACAAGCCGGUGCUGACUCCUGCUGUGUGUUUCAGACGGGCCCUGCUCAGCGCGGCGACUUCCACCUCCUUCGCGGCGCCGUCCCGCCCUCGCCCGCGCCACAACCGCCCACCCGUCGUGUCGUGACUGUGCCGGCCUCCUUCAGGAAGUGCCCGCACUGCCCGACCAUCUUCAUGGACGUCGCCCAGCUGGCCGCCCAUCUCGCAGCGCAGCACCGAGACCAGCAGCGGGAGCGCGACUGCCAGCGGUGCCGAAGGAGGUUCCUCACGUACGAGGAUAACACCGCCUGCGACCCGUGCCUCAUGACCCUGCGGCAGAGCGCCCUGCCGAGCCGCAAGGGCAGCGGCGCCGCUGCAGGGUCGGCGGCGGCAGAGUGCGUCUGCGGGCACUGCCGGCAAACGUUCCCCUCCAGAGUCCUGGCGGAGCUUCACUGCCUCUCCACUGGCCACGACCUCGCUCAGAUAGGGAGCGCCGAAGAGAUGAAGGUGAAGGAAGAGGGCUCCUCUCGGGUCGCAGGUAACGCCGGUGCGACGGGGAAAGCGAAGGAGGAGCCCCGUGGGGCAGGGGCGCCGCCGCCCUCCGCGAGCGAGGCGAGGAAGUGGGCCGGGAAAGCCAAGGCGAGCCGGAAGCGCCGCCUCACCCGGAGGAACCAGACGACGUGCGAGGUGUGCGCCAAGGAGUGCGGCUCCGUGUCCAGCCUGUACACGCACCUGCGCACAGCCCAUCCCGCCAUGUUCCCCUACGAGUGCGGCGUUUGCGGUCGGAGGUUCAGCUUGGAGGCGAGCGCGCGCGACCACGAGCGCCGCCACGCCGUCGGUGAGCUGCAGUGCCCCGCGUGCCCGCUCCGCUUCACGCGCAUGUCGCACCUGCACCACCACGCCCGCCAGCUGCACCCGGACUUCACGGAGUACCCUUGCCAGUAUUGCGGCGCCGUCACGCCCACGGUCGACGCCCUGCACUCGCACAUCAAGGUGCACCACGGCGACCGGCUGGGCCUCCCGGCGGACUUCACCUGCGAGGUGUGCAAGGAGAGCUUCCACACGGGCAAGGCGCUGGCCACGCACCGCUCCAGCCGCCACCCAGGCACGGCCGAGUGCGGCUUCUGCGGCGCGCACGUGGGCAGCCGCUACCUCAAGAAGCACAUCAACGCCGUGCACACCAAGGAGAAAACGCACCGCUGCCACGAGUGCGGCCAGGACUUCUACUCGCGCACGAGCCUCACGGGCCACCACAAGCGGCACCACGCGCCCAGGAAGCACCUGUGCGAGCAGUGCGGCAAGGGCUACGUCAACAACGUGGAGCUGCAGCGCCACCUGAAGGCGCACCGCAACCAGCGAGACUUCAAGUGCGACGUGUGCGGCCGCUCUUUCCUGAAGGCCGUCGACUUGACCUACCACCGCAGGUCCCACACGGGCGAGCGGCCCCACCAGUGCAUGCUGUGCCAGGAGUCCUUCAUCCGGCCCCUGGGGCUCCGGAAGCACAUGCUCAAGCACACGGCGGCCAGGAAGGGCAAGCGCCUCAAGUACUCCAAGAAGAAGAUCGACGAGCUGACCUCCUCCGUGAUCUGCCACGACGCGUCGCCGCAGGAGGCAGAAGCGCACACGCCCGCGGACGUCGGGGGGCUCGGCGCGGGGGAAGUCGCCCCUGGGAGCGAUCAGCCGCCGCAACACGCGCCGCCCUCCGACCUGCCGCAGACUCUGCAGGUGUUCCCGUCGCCCAGCAGUCUUGCAGCCAGCUCCCUUGCCCAGCCACAGCCUCGCCUGCAGACCACACUGCAGCAGUUGACGCCGUCCACACUGCAGGUGCAACAGCUCGCGGUGACGGACCUAGACGGCAGCCAGCUGGAGGGCCAGCUGGAGCUCUCGCAGGUGGUCGAAGACUUAAGCAGCGGGGAACUGCUGGGGAUGGGCCCCGACCUGCUGCUGGAGGCCACCGAUGUCCGCGGCGACGACGACGUCGAGGGGGCGAUGGGGGAGGGCGGGCACGGCAAGAGGGCGGCCGGAGAGCAGGCCGCACAGCCCGUGCAGGUCAUUUACGUGCAGUUCGUUGAGGACGCGACCGGAUGGAGGCCGGAGCAGCAGCUGCAACCACUCCCUUAGUGUAAAGGCCCAGAGAGAGGAGGAGGAGGUCGCGCCCUCAAAGCUGGAUACGAACCACCUCGACGGCGCGGAUGCAGGGCCGGGUGAGCCCUCGAACUCCGUCCGUCGCUCCGGGAGGCAACGACGACCGUCCGC